CUACAGAAACAAAAAAAAAAAAGGCUUUUUAAAUUUUUCUAAUAUGAGUUCUCAGUUUUAGUUGGUGUGUAAUGAUCAGAAAAACGAAUAAUGUAUUCUAAUGAUGCUAAUAUAUGCAAUUGUCUACUUCACGAAACGAUCCUCAGCUCCUCAGCAAAAACUUUAGCAGCCAAAUUUGAAGUUAUACAAUAAAACGCCAAAAUAUGAGUUUCAAAUUUUCUGGCAGGUUUUUUAUAACGUAGACAGAACUAACUUGCAGACAAAUUUAGAUCACCUGGUCAAACAAUGCGUCCUUUUUAUUUACAAGCUUACUGGAAGCUUCGCUAACUCUUGUCUUUUUUAGUAAUUUUAAAUUUUCUCUUGAUGACACUUUGUAAUUAUGAGGUUUUAUAGCAAAUACUUCAUUUUAAUGGUUAUCGGAAUGAGUUUUGUAUUUUUCCUGUUAAGUUUCUGGUUUUUCUCAUCCACGAAGAGAAAUGCGUGGCAUCACACAUUAGCGCAAACGCAAGACAAUCAAAACAUUCUCGAAUUUAACAAUAUGCAAAACGGUUUAAGGAUGCUUCAGUCGCUAGAUUUUGAAGUGUUCGGACGUGUACAAGGUGUAUUCUUCAGAAAGUUUACCAGAGAAAAGGGCAAGGAAUUGGGCUUAAAAGGAUGGGUUAUGAACACCUCUCAAGGUACUGUCCUUGGAACUAUGCAAGGAAAAGAAGAAAAGAUUGAAGACAUGAAACACUGGCUUCAAAAUAUUGGUAGUCCAAUGUCAAAAAUAGAAAAAUGUGAUUUUAAAAAUUUAAGGCAUAUAUCCAAAGAAGAAUUUGAAGAUUUCCAUAUAAAAAAUUAGGUUCUGCUGUUCUUUAAUGCUAUUAAAGGAAACAAUUUGUAUUGAAGCCACCUGUUUCUCCAGUUAUUUAUUUACCACCACUACAAAAGAAGGGUUGUUGUGAUAUAUUUUAUUGUUCUUGUACAGUUACCAAGAUGUAUGAAUAAAAAAAAAGAUUUUAC